UCUGUUUUGUAUUAAAGCGGCGUUUCCGAAAAUUUUUCAGAUAAACGAAAUAAAAUUGUUUCAACUACAUACCUUAAAAAUUCAAAGUAGAACAAGCUAAAUUUAAGGAAUAAUUUAUAGCGAUUUAGUUGAUGUUCUAAAAUUCAAAUAAACAAUGGCAACAAUGGACAUUAGACCUAACCAAACAAUAUACAUCAAUAAUUUAAACGAGAAAGUGAAAAAAGAUGAGUUAAAAAAAUCUUUGUAUGCCAUAUUUUCCCAAUUUGGUCAAAUUCUAGAUAUUGUUGCGUUGAAAACGCUGAAAAUGAGAGGUCAGGCUUUCGUUAUAUUUAAAGAUAUUUCAAGCUCUACAAAUGCCUUACGAACAAUGCAAGGUUUUCCGUUCUAUGACAAGCCUAUGAAAAUUGCUUAUGCUAAAUCCGACAGUGAUGUUGUUGCUAAGAUGAAAGGCACAUUCAAAGAGAGGCCGAAGAAACCGAAAAUGGUUAAAGCUCCAAAUACAGAAGAGAAAAAAGAAAAGAAAAAGAAAAGCGCUAAUUCUGAUGUUUCAAAUAACAGCAAUAAUGUUGAACAACCACCGAAUCAAAUUCUUUUCUUAACAAAUCUACCUGAAGAGACAAACGAAAUGAUGCUUUCUAUGUUGUUUAAUCAAUUUCCUGGUUUUAAAGAAGUCAGACUGGUACCAAAUAGGCAUGAUAUCGCUUUUGUGGAAUUUUCAACUGAAUUACAAAGUAGUGCAGCUAAAGAAGCUUUACAGGGUUUCAAAAUAACACCGUCACAUGCAAUGAAAAUUACGUUUGCUAAAAAAUGAAAAAUUUUCGAGUAUUUAAGUAUUUUAGUUAUAUGAAAAUAAAAAGAACAUUAAUAAAA